CAUUUUUAUGAUUUUAUAAUUUUUAUUACAGUAAUUUAUUAUAGUUUUUCUGAGUUCUGCCGUCGUAACGAGGUUUUCUGUUUUUUGCUUUGCAAAUCGUAACGGGUAAGAGUGAUAGAUAAUACGACUGAAGUUUUGUGGAAAAAAACUUUGUGGAGCAAGGAUGGCUUCUCGGCUUGCUGGAAAAGUUGCAAUAGUGACAGCUUCUACAGACGGCAUAGGCCUUGCGAUCGCUCGAAGAUUGGGACUGGAAGGAGCCAAAGUGAUGGUGAGCAGCCGUCGCAAGGAAAAUGUGGAGAAAACCGUAAAGAGUUUGGAGGAUGAAGGGAUAAAAGUGGCUGGCACUGUUUGUCAUGUCGCCAAAGAACAGGACCGUCAUCAUCUUGUCGAAGAGACGGUGAAACAGUUUGGCGGAAUUGAUGUCUUCGUCUCGAAUGCGGCCGUCAAUCCAGCCGUCGGAGCCAUAAUUGAUACUACGGAAGAAGUUUGGGAUAGAAUAUUUGAUACCAACGUUAAAGCAGCGUUUUUGCUCACGAAAUUAGUUGUCCCAGAAAUGGAGAAAAGAGGGAAAGGAGGCUCUAUAAUUUAUAUUUCUUCGGUUGCUGGAUAUAAUGCAUUUCCGGGAAUUGGUACUUACAGCAUUAGCAAGACCGCUUUGCUGGGAUUGAGCAAAGCGCUUUCUAACGAGCUGGCUUCAUCGAACAUUCGCGUCAACGCCGUGGCUCCUGGCAUUAUCAAAACGAAAUUCAGUUCUUAUUUAUGGAAAGAGGAAGGACCAGCACAGAAAGCGGCAACGAAGAUGAUUCCUUUGCACAGGUUUGGGGAACCGGAUGAAAUUGCUGGAGCAGCUGCAUUUUUGGCUUCCGACGAUUCUGCUUAUAUGACGGGAGAGACGAUAUCUGUUGCUGGCGGACUUUGCAGCCGAUUAUAAGUCUUAUUAUUAAUUCUACGUGUUCUGCAUUUUUCCAACGCACUGUUUGAGUUUUAAAUAAGUUUAGAAUGUAUUUGUUUUAAUUCUGGUAUGGGGGUUUGGGAUUCUUCGCGCUGGUUGCCAGAAGUGACUACUCUGUAGUCUGUACAUUUUGUGAACUUCGGAAAUAAGUUUUAAUUUUAUUAGUAAUAAAUACUGUCAGGGUA